AUGCGAAAAGUUCUUCUAAUGAAGCCGCGUGUUACAGCCGAGGAACGAGGGAGGCUAGCGCAGAAAGCCUCUAAAUUGAAAGAAUUGCGUAGUAACAGCCAUCUGAAACGCGAUUUUGUUAUGUCCAUUUCGUCGCGUGAUUUCUAUCAGACCGGACUAUUUCCAGACAUCGUACAGGAUCGUUCACUUCUUGAGCUGGCACUCACACAUCCAUCCUAUCAUACAAAUUAUGGCACAAAUAGUGAUCAUGCACGAAACACACUCAAUAACUGUGGCCAGCGUUCAUCGAAACAGCGAGCGCAGGAUCGCCUCAUACAGCAACAAUUAAGUACCAAAAAGCGAGGAUUUCAUACGUUGAUGGAGAUAAUGUCAAAGUUGGGCUCGAAAAAAGCGGAGCAGUCGCCGCUAAACCACAACGAACGCCUAGAAUUCUUGGGUGAUGCUGUUAUUGAAUUUAUCACUACGAUUCAUCUCUUCCAUAUGUUUGACGAGCUCGAUGAAGGUGGCCUUGCAACAUAUCGGUCCACAAUGGUGCAGAACAAAAACUUAGCUGUUCUUGCUAAGAAAAUAGGACUAUAUGAAUUCAUGCUGUAUGCGCAUGGACCCGAUUUGUGCCAUGAGUCAGACCUGAGGCAUGCGAUGGCAAAUGCAUUUGAGGCUAUGAUGGCUGCUAUAUACCUGGAUGCUGGGAUUGACGAGUGCGACAGGAUUUUUGGCACUGCGAUGUUUGGUGAAUCGGAAGAAUUGCAGCGGGCGUGGUUUGAUUUGCCGGAGCAUCCUUUGAAGGUUCUUUUAAUGCUUAUUCUUUUGUAA